AUGGGUGGAUCAUGUUCGGCUUGUUGUGCAUCUGUUGUAUUACCAGCAAAUGUUUCAUUCGAUGAAUUACCAGUUUCAACUACUACAUCGAUCACUCAUAAAUCAACACGCAUUAUUGAAAAUUGUCUUAUUAUUUGGCUUUUUGAUGAUCCUUCAAAUAAAUUUGAAAAUGAAAAAAAACAAUUGAGUCGUCUCAUUUAUGGAUUUCAAAUAUUUACUAAUCCUGAUACAUGUAUUAAUUAUAUAAGAGAUAUUCAAGAUGAAAAAAUUUUUCUUAUUAUAUCUGUAACAUAUCAAUAUGUUCAAUAUAUUCAUGAUUUACCACAACUUGAAAAAGUCUAUGUAUUUGAUUCAUUGUCUUACGAUAAUCAACAUCAUACUUUACAAAAUAAUACUUUUCAUGAUAUUAAUAAUCUUUGUAAACAAUUACAAUAUGAUAUUGAACUAUGUGAAUUUGAUUUAAUGUAUUUUUCUGCUAUAUCAAAUUCAUCACAUGAUAUUAACUCAUCAAUGAUUCUACCUAAAGAAGAAGCAUCAUUUGUUUUUAUACAACUUACAAAUGAAAUAAUAGCUCGUCUAAAAUUUGAAAGUUGUGCUAAAGAUGUAUGCAUAGAUUUUUGUCGAAAACAAUAUAAAAAUAAUCCUGAACAAUUACGUAAUAUUGAUGAAUUUGCAAAACAUUAUCGACCAAAUUUAGCACUUGAUUGGUUAAAAAGACCAUGUUUUAUUUCGAAAAUAUUAAAUCGUGUAAAACGUACACGUGAAAUUGAUAUUAUUUAUAAACUUGGCUUCUUUAUCAAACAUCUUAAUAUGCAACUAGUACGUUUACAUGACGAGAAUGAAUUACUAAUGAAAAAUAUUUCAACUGUCUAUCGUGGUAAAACUAUGGUGCCACAGGAAUUCAACAUAUUAUUAAAGAAUAAUUGUGAUGGUCUUUUAUCAUUUUCUAAUUUUCUUGUAACUAAUAUGAAUAAGGAAAAUGCUAUUGAUUUUAUUCAUCGCCGACUUGCAAUGCAUCCUGAUAUGAUUGGAAUUAUUUUCGAAAUACAUAUUGAUCAUAUGAUAUUCAAUGAAGAAGCUCCAUUUGCUUUACUUAAAGGUAAUUCUACGAAAAAUUAUGAGGUCUGUUUUAGUGCAGGCACUGUUUUUCGAAUUGAAUCAAUCAAGCAAUUUACCGAUGGACCAUUAAUGACGUCACUUGUAAAGUUAAAAUUAAUUAGAAAUGAUGAUUCACAACUGGAUCGUCUCUUGAAACCUUUUCGAACGAGUGAACUACAUGAAAAUCCACUUUCAUAUUUAGGCAAACUACUUAUGGAUAUGGGAGAAUAUACACGUGCUGAACAAUGCUUUCUCGAAAUGUUAAAUGAUACCUCUAUUCUAAGUCAACCACGUCGUCUCGUACGUGUUCAUAAUGGACUUGGUGCUAAUUAUGUACAUAAAGGCGACUAUGCCGCAGCAACAGAACAUUAUAAACAAGCACUUCGAGUAAGCUUAACAUAUUUAUCACCAGAUCAUAGUGAACUUGCUCCCAUGUACAAAAAUAUUGGUGAUUGUUAUUUAAAUCAAAAUAAUUAUAGUAAUGCUUUACCAAAUUACGAACAAGCAAUCAUUAGUAUUGAAUAUGAACAAUCGAACGAAGCAACACAUAUUAUAAAAGCUGCUGAUGAUUUUUGUCGUGAAAUGAUGAAUUGUAAUGGAAUUGGUGAAGUUGUUCUUGGUUCAAGUACUACUCAGUUAAUUCAUACAUCAGCUCAUGCAUUUGAUAAACUAAUUAUAACAAUACCACAUGUUAGAAAUCUUAUUGGUGAAAUUCUUGAUAUUGAACCUAUUGUAAAACUCGUUCAUCGAAAAUGUCCUCGUGCAUAUAUUAUUGUUGAUAGUGUAGCUUAUGCACCUCAUCAAGUUAUUGAUGUUCCUCAAUUGAAUGUUGAAUUUUAUGCAUUUAGUCUUUAUAAAGUUUAUGGUCCUUAUAUGGCUAUUUUAUACAGUUCAAAUGUUGCUUGGCAAGAGCUUGUUGGUAUAUCUGCUAGACCCAAUCAUUUCUUUAAGCCAUAA